AUGUCGUCGACACAACGACGCAUCAUUCUAGUGACAGGCGCGAACAAAGGCGUCGGGUUUUGGAUUGUCAAAAAGCUCGUUGAACAAAAAUCGAAUUAUGAAGAGACUGUCGUUCUUCUUGGUAGUCGAAAUGUGAAACGAGGCCAAGAUGCUCUUAUCAAAUUAGGAUCUCCGUCUAAUGUGUUUCUUCUUCAGUUGGAUACAUCUUCACUAGAAAGCAUUAUUCGAGUAACAAACGAGAUUCAGCAAAAAUACACUGGUCAAUUGGAUGUCAUCAUUAACAAUGCUGGAAUUUCAGUGAAAGAACUCAGUGUGGAUGCAGCUCGUCAAACAUUUGCUACGAAUUAUUAUGGUGUCAAACUACUGAAUGAACAUUUGUUGCCAUUCUUAAGAGAGCAUGGUCGUAUCAUUAAUGUAUCUAGUCAAAUUGGUCCUAUGACAUUGUAUGAAACGUCAAAAGGCAUUCAGGAAAAAUACACCGCAUCAACCUUGACAUUUACUGAACUCGAUAGUCUUGUCGAAGAUUUCAUUGCAGCUAUUAAAACUAACACACUCGAUGCUGCAGGAUAUUCGAUCAAAUCAUGUUCGCCUAUCUAUGGCAUGUCGAAAGCAGCACUAAAUGCUCUAACUCAAGUGGAAAUGCGUCAGUGGAAAAACAUGAAAAAUCUUCUUAUUGUUUCUGUCACACCUGGAUUUUGUGCGACAGAUAUCAACGAUAAUGCACCAGAUGCUCGUCCUGUUGAGUUUGGUGCCGAUUCAAUCUUACACGCAGUGAACUCUCCUCUGGGUGAACUGGAAAAUGGUGCAUUCUAUCGUGAUGGUGAACAACUACCAUUUAUUUCCAAACCAAUUCCCAGAGAUCAAUGGAAAAACGUCUCUAAGGAACUAAAUCAAAAAUAG